AUGAGUAGAUGCAAGGAGCCUGGAAAGGCAGCAAGGCGGGAAAGGACGGGCCCGAAAAAUGCUCAUCUUCAGCAUAGAGCAAAUCUCCGGAAAAUGAACUUGUCCUUGCGUACGCCCUUUUAUCCUGACACAGUCCGGAGACUGGGGAUGGGAAUGACAACCCACGGGCUAGAGCGGCACCAUCCAGGCAACUUGCGUGAUAAGAAAAUCUCCGAGGAGCUUCGUUAUCCGACUAAGGCGAGAUGCUGGAUAAUCAGGAUGUUUCCUGCAAUCAAUUUGCAGGUCGGGACCGCGCGGUACAAGGACGAAGGAGGGGAUCCCGGAAAGUUAAGACUCUCUCCCCAUACACAACGAGGACUCACCACCAGUGGGUUAAUGAGAAUCACGAACGAUGAACCUCGGAUGAACAGAGUGAAAGUGCUUCGGAUGCAGUUUUGCAGGAUCGCAAGGAAUUUUGUUGCGGCCUCUGCACGAAUGAACGCGCAUAGUCUUGUCGGGAAACGGAACCACCGUCUAGGAUCAGCGGAAGUGGUGGAAGCGGUUAGUUCCACAUUCGAACUGGAUGAUGCUGAGACACCCUGGUUAGGUAGUGACAAAGUCACAUCGUCUAGAGAGCCGGGUAAAGCAGUAGCUGCUGCUGCUACUGCUUUAGUGCUAUUCGGACUGCAGAAGCGACAUCCGUUGCAAAUACUCUGCAACCGGACAUUGGAUGUGGUUACCAGUUCAUGUACACUCGAGUAUAGCAAGAGUUUUGUUCGGAAGACUCAACGACUUCCUAGCUCUGGCAUAUUACUGUUUGCUUACGGGGGAACUAUACUGAGCAGCAACUCCAUAGUCAUCGACUACUAUUUCCGAGCAAUGACCAGGAAGUUUAGUGGAUACUGUGUACACGGUGAUUUGGAAGUAGAAGUCCACCAUAUGGCCUCACUCUCAAGUUUCGAUCGUCGCGUCAACAACCCCCGUUGUUCGUUUAGCACAAAUGGUUGCCUGUGCCCGUCGCUGCGCCCGAGUGCUCGGGUGACAAAACGACCCAAGGAUUCCCACCAGCCCCAGUUUUCACAUCUGGAUUCUGGAUGCCGGAUGGGCCUUGAAGUUAAGGUCGGGGUUGGUGGACUAAUCGAGGAUGGAGGGAGGACAGUCGGUAUCUAG